UAUUCAAACGCGAUAAUGGUGUCCAGCGUAAAACUGAUCUUAGCUCUUAGCGUUCUGGCUACUUUUGCUUGCACUGGUAAAAAAUCAAAGGUUGUUAACUAACCGAGUUAAUCAACAAAUGUGUAUUAUUUUUCCUGCAGGGUAUGCGAUUAAAUGUCAUAGUUGUACCCGUGAGAACGGUUGUGGACAGGAUAAAAGAUUCGUUGUGGAUUGCAACGAAUAUUCACCCACUAGCGAUCCUACAACUAGUUGCUACAAGAUAUCCUUCACUGGUGAAAGUGGAAAAACUAUGAUACUCGAGGCGGGCUGCAAAUCGGUAAUUGAUGCGUGCGGUAUUAUAACUAAAAAAGUUUGGCCGAUCCCAGUAAACUGCGCCUAUUGCAACGAGGACGAGUGCAACGGAUCCUCCUCUAUGGUCCCCAUCGCCGGCACUAUCUUGCUCUUCUUCGGUGUGGCUCGUCUGCUGGCGUAGAA